AUGGAUGAUAAAUUAUGGACUUACCUAUACGGCAUAGGAUUGAUCAUCUCUUUAUACACCUUGGGCCUAUUAUACUAUCGACUGUUUUUGAGCCCACUGGCCAAGUUUCCUGGCCCGAUUCUGGCCGCCGCAACAGGAUGGUAUGAAGCAUAUUUUCAACUGCUCAAAGGGGGCAGGUUCACGUGGCAAAUCGAGCAUCUUCACCAAAAAUAUGGUCCUGUGGUUCGAAUCAAGCCCUUUGAAAUACACGUUCACGACCCCGACAACUACACGACGCUAUACUCUGGACCGACUCACAAUCGUGAGAAAGACCGUUGGUUUUACUUUAUAGGCCUUCAAAAAUCGCUGUUCGUUACACCAGAUCAUCGAACGCAUCGGCUACGACGAAGUUUUAUCAGUCCCUUCUUCACUCGGAAAGCGGUUCGUGAAUACCAACCCAUUCUCCAAGACAAACUUGCAUCCCUGUGUCGCCAUUUCUCAAAUGCAAGAACAAGUGGUGUUCCGUUAGAGCUCCACGCUGCCUUCAUAUCAUUUGCCGGUGAUGCUAUGUCGCAGUACGCAUUUGGAGAAGACCAUGGCUUUACUUUUCUUGACCAGCCAAAUGUGUCAUCAAUUUGGAAACAUAGAGUAAAUGCAAUGUUUGGAAGUGCCAGGAUCGUCAGACAUUUUCCGAUCCUCUACUUUCUGAGUCACAUCUUCCCUUUUGUCUCACGAAUUGUGCGCCCGUCAUUCAGCCUGACCGAGGAUCUUCGAGCCGUGAGUACAAGCUCACUGGGCGCAAUGGUAAAAAUCGCGGUUCAGGAGCAUCAAGCUGGUGAACUACACGACAAACAGAAACAAAAAGCAAUUUACCCGGAAAUGCUGGCUAACGAACGGGUCCCGCCAAGCGAAAAAGAAAUAAAGCGACUUGAAGAUGAUGCGAUUUUCUUUUUGCUUGCAGCAUCGGAUGCCCCAUCACAGGCCCUUGCUAUCACUAUCUUUCACAUUUUGGACAAUCCGAAAGUUCUUCAAAAGUUGAAAAAUGAGCUGCACCACUCAUUUCCCGAUGACGCAAUCAUGCCAAGUUUAGAUGAGCUGGAGCCUCUCCCAUAUCUAAGUGCAGUUCUAAAAGAAGGUCUACGUCUGUCCAAUAUUGUCGUUCCUCGACAACCUCGAGUGGCACCGGAUGAGGUUCUACGCUUUCACAACUGGGAAAUCCCGCCGGGAACACCCGUCAGCAUGACAAUCUACCAUAUCUUGAGAGACCCACGCAUUUUCCCCGAGCCAACAAAGUUUAAUCCCGAGCGUUGGUUACUUGGGGAAGAAGAGCUGCGAAAACUGGAAAAGUAUCUUGUUCCCUUCUCCAAAGGUGGUCUUGGAUGUUUAGGUCCAAACAUGGCUUGGGCAUGGUUAUAUUUGGUGAUUGGAACCAUUCUACGGAAGUAUGACCUCGCUUUGUAUAACACCACGAGGGAUAAUGUGGAGAUGGUACGAGAUAAUUUUAGCGGUCAGACGGCCCCAGGCAUGAAUCAAGUUCAAGUGAAAGUGUUGAGUGAAGGAGGACGGUGA